AUGGUGUUGCCAUUUUUAACAUCAGCUCCUGGUAAGGUGAUCAUCUUUGGUGAGCAUUCGGCUGUUUAUAAUGAACCUGCCGUUGCAGCUAGUGUAUCAGCAUUAAGAACUUACAUGCUGGUUACGCAAACAGACUCUAAUGCAGUGGAGCUAGAUUUCCCAGAUAUUGGCUUCAGCCAUGCGUGGUCUCGUCAUGAGUUUGAUCAUAUAUUGAAAGAUGAAAGGAAUACUACAAUAUUGCAAGAAGCAAGGCACAAUGUUAGAGAGUUGUCUCCAGAACUGACCAGUCUGCUUGAUUCUUUGCAUAGCGAAUUGAAGAAAUCCAUGUUUCAUCACGCAGCAUUCUGUUUUACGUAUCUCUACAUAUGUCUGUGUCCAAACGUGAAGGGAAUUAAGUUCUCCGUGAGAUCUACGUUACCUAUUGGAGCUGGUCUUGGUUCAAGCGCAUCGGUGUCUGUCAAUCUUGCAAUGGCCAUGGCAAAAUUGGGUGGCCUUAUCACUGGAACAAAAGGUCUCACAUUACAAGAUAAAAAAUUGAUAAAUGAUUGGGCUUUCAUUGGUGAAAAGUGCAUGAUGGGUACACCUUCUGGUAUAGAUAACGCCGUUUCAACGUAUGGUAAUGCUGUACUAUUCAAAAGAGAGAUCGAUGGGACCACAAAUUUUGAGUUUGUUGAGGAUUUUCCUCAAAUUCCAAUGAUUCUUACCUACACCAAGAUUCCUCGUUCUACAAAAACACUUGUUGCAAAUGUCAGAGAACUGCUAUCAAAUCAUCCAAAUUUGGUGAGACCAAUUUUAGUCGCAAUGGGUCAAUUGGCCACAAGAGGAGCAGAAAUUUUAAAUUCGCUGGACAAUGGAAAUUAUAAUGAGCUGCUUGAACUGGUGCGCGUGAACCACGGAUUACUAGUUGCAUUAGGGGUUUCACAUCCCGGUCUAGAGAUUGUCAGAGCUUUGAGUGACACAAUGGAACUUGGCUCAACAAAACUGACAGGUGCCGGUGGGGGUGGAUGUGCGUUAACAAUUUUGAACAAAGAUACAAGUGAGAAAUUAGUGACGGAAUUUAAAUCGAAGCUUGAAAAGACUCAUGAUUAUGCUACCUAUCAAACAGACUUAGGCGGAAUUGGUUGUAGUUUGUUAUUGAAUGAUUGUAUCUCUGAAGAUAAAUUGGAAUUAAUUCUAAAGAUUUUCAAUCAUAAUGAAGAUAAAGCACUAAUUGAUGAGCUAUUGUUGCCUGGUAAAUGCAGUCUAUCCUGGAUCUUCUGA